CUGGAUCAACUAAUACAAGGCCCAAAAGGGCUAAAAUUAUAAAACCCUAAACGCCCAAGCCAAUACAAUUCAACGGCUAAGAUCAACUUAUACAACCCCUAGAUGACAUCUCAACCGUCAAAUCUUUUUCAUAAAGCCAGUGCAAGAACCUUGAUACAAAACCCUCUUCUAGGGAAGCCGUCCCAGCUGAUAGCCGCAGUGCUUCUGGAGCUGGUCCUCUCGUUUCCUGGUAAACUCGCCGUCCAUCGCUGCUUCAGUUCAUCUCAUUUCAGUUAGAUCUCUUCCAGUUCUUCCAUUGCUCCAUAGCGUGGCGGCCUGCACGGCAUGCGCUUAGCUGGGCGGCAGUAAUGGCGCAACUGAGUUUGUCAAAAUGCCAUUGAUUGAGUGAAUAUAAUUCUUAUUUAUAGAUAGAUCGCUUUGGGUACCCUGGAAUGGGUAUUUGGGGAAGAAUUGAUAUCGUUUCUUGACAUGUAGAUUAGGAGAAUUGAUUAGCCUACUGCUCUCUCGUUCCAUGUUUUGUAUUCUUGAGAUAGAUUUAACUGUUCAUUUAUGGAUUGUCGUUGGGUUGAAUGUUGCGCUAAGAUCUGGUAUGGUUUUGCUGUUGCAGAGGAGUUAGAAGGAUGUCUCACCGUAAGUUUGAGCACCCCCGGCAUGGUUCUUUGGGAUUUCUUCCCAGGAAGAGGGCUGCUCGCCACAGGGGAAGAGUGAAGGCUUUCCCCAAGGACGAUCCAUCAAAAGAACCCAGACUGACUGCUUUCUUGGGUUACAAGGCUGGAAUGACCCAUAUUGUUAGAGAGGUCGAGAAGCCUGGGUCGAAGCUUCACAAGAAGGAAACCUGUGAGGCUGUCACAAUUAUUGAGACCCCUCCUUUGGUUGUUGUUGGAGUUGUUGGCUACAUCAAGACGCCAAGCGGCCUCCGGUCUCUGAACACCGUCUGGGCCCAGCAUUUGAGUGAGGAUGUCAAGAGAAGGUUCUACAAGAACUGGGCCAAGUCAAAGAAGAAGGCUUUCACCAAGUACUCCAAGAAGUUCGAGUCUGAUGAAGGCAAGAAGGAUGUUACUUCCCAGCUGGAGAAGAUGAAGAAGUAUGCCACUAUCAUCCGUGUUCUGGCUCACACUCAGAUUAGGAAGAUGAAGGGGCUGAAGCAGAAGAAGGCUCAUUUGAUGGAGAUCCAGGUCAAUGGUGGGGACAUUGCUAAGAAGGUUGACUUCGCCUACAGCUUCUUUGAGAAGCAGAUUCCAAUUGAUUCGGUCUUCCAGAAGGAUGAGAUGAUUGACAUCAUUGGUGUGACCAAGGGUAAGGGUUAUGAAGGUGUGGUCACUCGUUGGGGUGUCACCCGUCUCCCCCGAAAGACCCAUCGUGGUCUAAGGAAGGUUGCCUGUAUUGGGGCGUGGCAUCCUGCUAGGGUCUCAUACACCGUGGCUAGGGCUGGUCAGAAUGGUUACCAUCACCGUACUGAAAUGAACAAGAAGAUCUACAAGCUUGGAAAGUCGGGCCAGGAUUCGCACUCUGCCAUGACUGAUUAUGACAGGACUGAGAAGGACAUCACACCCAUUGGAGGGUUUCCCCACUAUGGUAUUGUUAAGGAGGAUUACAUUAUGAUCAAGGGUUGCUGUGUUGGUCCCAAGAAGCGUGUGGUGACAUUGAGGCAGUCUCUGUUGAAGCAGACCUCCAGAACUGCUACAGAGCAGGUGAAUCUGAAGUUCAUCGACACUUCGUCCAAGUUUGGGCAUGGAAGAUUCCAGACCACCCAGGAGAAGCUCAAGCACUAUGGUCGCCUCAAGGCUUAGAUUGCUCAAGAUGCGAGUCGCGUCUGCUCCUGAUUCGUACUAUUUCCUAGUUAUAUGUUUUGGGAUGUUGGUAUUGUUCCUUUUUUUAGCCUGUGUUUUAAUUUGUGAUGUUAGCUAUAAAUCUCGAGAUGCUAUUCUGUCUUUGAAUUUUGACCCUAAGUUCGGACAUCUUAUUUAGCUCUGCAAGUUUUGCUCCUUUAAUGUGUCACAUCGUUGCUUGAGUUGUAAGUUGCCUCUUUACUCCUUAUGUAUCACACUCACGCAUGAAUCUAUUACAAUUCACAAUAGUUUUGAGUUAUAAUUAGGACCAUCGAUUUAUGACUAGAAUUAAAUGUAUAUAUAAUAUAAUAUACUAAAUACUCCCAAACUCUACUUAGAGCAAGAGAAUUAAUCUAGAAUUAAAUGCAUAUAAAAAUGUCUAACUGAAUCUAGAUAGUUACCUAUAAAAUUAACUAGUUCAUUCGUACCGGGAAGGGAAUAGAGUCGCGAACUGGCUCUCAAAGCACAGUCUCGUCUAUCCCUUUGGUAUGCAUGAAUUAAAUGACCCACUUGAGGCGGCAAGAGCAAUUCUUAGAGAAGAUAUUAUAGGAGUCAGUAUACCUCGUAUGGUGAUUAGACAGGAGAGUUGAGAGUUUCCCCCUUCUCCCCGUUGAUGUUCUGAGUCUUUGUUUGUUUUCUUGCGGUUGUUCCACAACCUCCAUUCAAUAAAAAAAAACCCUAUAAAAUUAACUGGUUUCG